AAAAAGUCAUUACCUCACCCAAUCCCAAAUUCCUCCACCAUUUCUUUUUCUAUUUUUUUCUUUCUUUUGCUGAUUGUCUGUCCGGGUCCUUUCAAAUCAUAACAAAUCCUACCGCCGCCCACCAAGAAGCUACGCAAGGGAGGAUCAAUAAUCUCUUCGUCUCAGAUUUUGAGAUGGCUUCGAAGCGGAUCUUGAAGGAACUCAAGGAUUUACAGAAGGAUCCUCCUACAUCAUGCAGCGCUGGUCCUGUAGCUGAAGACAUGUUUCAUUGGCAAGCAACAAUCAUGGGUCCUCCAGACAGUCCAUAUGCUGGAGGUGUUUUCCUAGUUACUAUUCAUUUCCCCCCGGAUUAUCCAUUUAAGCCUCCAAAGGUGGCGUUCAGAACAAAGGUAUUUCACCCAAAUAUAAAUAGCAAUGGAAGCAUUUGUUUGGAUAUUUUGAAGGAGCAAUGGAGCCCUGCGCUAACCAUAUCCAAGGUGUUGCUUUCAAUCUGUUCUUUGUUGACGGAUCCUAAUCCUGAUGAUCCUUUGGUGCCAGAGAUUGCUCAUAUGUAUAAGACAGACAGAAAUAAGUAUGAGACAACUGCGAGAAGCUGGACCCAGAAGUAUGCCAUGGGCUAAAUAAUUUCUGUUUUUCUGGUUGUUUUGUGCCUGGGUUAUUUGUCGUUGGCUUACUGGCCGUGUCCUGCUGCAAGACCAAAUCUCCAAAACCAGGCGCCGCACACAUUUUCGAUGUCAAUAAGCUAUUAUAACUGUAUCGGUUGCGAGAUAAUGGGCCUCUGGUUGUUUGAGAUAAUGGGCCUGUGGGCCGUAAGAUAUACUUUUGCUUGAAACCACCAUAAGAAAUUUAAAACUUUAUUGUUUGUUGUUAAUUUUAGUCUUAAUUGUAUCAUGAAUUUAAUUUUGUUAUUAGUGUCAAUUGUAGCUCAUUUCUUA